GUUGCUUCUAGCGUUGUCCAAAAUUGGACAGCUUCGCGCGGCUUGCUGGUCUUGGUGUUGGUUGUAGGGAAGGCUGGCUUUGCCCCGCUUGCUGUUGCUUUAUUCUUGUCCCGCUUGCUCUGUCCCCCACCUUUCGUCUAUGCGCCAAACUUGCCCCCUUGUGGUCUGACUUGCUUUGUCCCGCUUGCUUUGUCUUUCCGUCUCCAGCGCCCAUGCUUUGUCUGACUUGCUUUGUGUUGUCCAGCUUGCUUCGCCUGGCUAGUUUUGUCUGGCUUGUUUUGUCCAACUUGCUCUGCCUGAAUCUGACUAGCUAGAGCUACUUCGCCCAACGAACCAGCUUCGUGCCACUGAGUUGCUUCGCCCAACUCGCUUCGUUCACCUUGCCUUGUCCACCUUGCUCGUUCCAACUUUCAUUUCUUUGUCUGCGCCUGGCUUGCUCUGUCCGCGUCCAACUUGCUUCGCCUUUCUUGUCCAAGUUGCUUUGUGCGCGUCUAACUUGCUUUGUCCCACUUGCAUUGCUUCGGCCUUUGGUAGUAUCAUUUCCUUCGCCCCACAGCUUUGUCUUGCUUGUUUUGUUCAGCUUGCUUGGUCCAACUUGCUUUGUCGAGCUUGCUUCGCUCGCUUGCUCUGUCAGUCCCACUCGUUUCGUCCAA